CCCUUCUACAACAACCAUGUCAACAACCCUUCGCCCUCUCUCUCACCUGCCAUAACCCUCAUGGGCAGAUGGGCCUCACUCUGCAAACAUGCUCAACCUCUACACCGAGACCGCUUUCCAGGUGACUCCCCCAACUUCGGCUUCCCUGGUCGAAUUCCACAUUCCCCGGAAAAACGGCUCCCUCGACAAAGCCAGAAGUCCCUCCAAACGCCACCACACAAAGUCUCCCAAUUGGCCUCAGGAUGAGGCUACCUUCUCCUCCCGUCACUUGGCCUCCGAAAGCUCCAUCUACUUCAGAAAGUCAAAGACAUACCCUAGAGUCUUUCUCUGGUCUAUCCUGCGACGAUCAAGGGCACUGCAAGUCCAAUGUGCCGAUCUCGCAAGAAGCGAAAGUGAUCGGAAGGAGGCAUACUUCACUCUACAAUUCGAGUUCCAGGAUGAUAUUGUCCCUCGCGCCGUCGCCUUCGCCGACUCCGAGAACGGUGACGACCUACACGCCUUUGUUGCGACGACCAGAAACGAACUCUUCAACCUGAUCAUUCACCCUACCGCCUUCCGCGAUCCCUCGAUUCUCCAGAGUAGCCCGCAACCCACUUGGGUCAAAAUACUCGAUAGCUCCGCCCUUAGACUCCACACUGUCCAUCAUCUCCAUGCAGCCAACCCUCUCGAGAUCUUCGCCUCAUUCACAAACGGCAGGUUACAGAGGCUGAAGCGGAGGGCAGGGGAAGAUCAUUGGUCCGAAGACAAUUACGAUGAGAAGACUUGGGGCGAAUCAUUGCGAGGCAUCGUCACCUGGCGCGGUGUUCAGACGAUCCCUCAUGCCUCCUCUAAUGUCGAUGUCAGAACCGUCCAAUCCAUGAUCCUGUCCUCCGAUGGUAUUCAUCUCUUCACAAUUUGUCUCAACCACUCGAUCAGGGUCUGGCAUCUUCCGUCGGGACGUCUCGUUGCCACAAAAGAUCUACUCGACCAAGAGCGCGAGCCUAACGACCGCACACACUUGAAUCCCGCCGAUGAUGCUCACCUUCAGAUCGUCAAGCUUCCUUUGCAAAGAUACCCCGUACUCCUCACAUAUAGUCCUCAAGAUGGUGGACAAUUCAAGUUUUGGGACAUCAAAGGUAGCUUGACCGACAACAUCAUCAUCGAGGACAAAUACCCGGGCACAAAGUUGACCGCACCGGACCCCGAUCCCUCGGGAAAUACCCUGUGGUCAAUGGUCGGAGUCAAACUGGAUGCUGGGAACGAUGUCCUUCCAGCUAGAGUAUGGGCUUUGUAUCGUAAUCACAACUACCAUCAGCUCUACAACUGCCAGUUUGAAUUCCGCACCCUCACAUCCUCUUGGAAGUCACACUGGGUCAAGUGCGCCCCGACUGCCUCCUCAAAGGCACUGGCUCCAGAUCUAAUCAGAACCGACUCCCAGGACCCUGCCUCAAAAUGGAUUGACUUUUUGUUCUACCCUGGCAGAUACACGGAAGCCGUCUUGCAGACUGCCCUAUCUAUCUACGAAGACGCCAACAACAAGCAACUUCCCACCUCUUCCCACUCCAACACCCCUCUAACACAGCGAAUGGUCUCUGUUGUUGCGAGCAAUGUGUCUCUCCGCAAGUAUGGCGAUUCGGAUCUUGAUUUUGAUCGCUUCCUGUCGGACACGGACGCUCAGUGGCGAAAUCUCUACAGAAUCGUGGACAAGAUCAACGACGCCACCACAGCUCCCUUGUCAUUGGCAUAUGAUUCCUUUAUUGACAUGGUAUGGAUCCCCAUGACCGGCCGCCUCUGUGCCGUCCGAGAGUGUAACAAUAUUGAGCUGUUACAAAAUAAUCAAAUCGAUGAUCUCGCCGAGCUCGAGGACGUUGCUGCGAGAGUGUGGCCACAUCGAAGGCUGGCUACGGACGGCGGCGACUCAUUCAGCGAUUUUGGAAUAUUGAUCACUGCUGCCAGGGCCUUCAGUGCCUCAUUGACUCCAGAGUUGUCCGAAAACCUCGACGGCGCCAUUCGGGAGUUUCUCUAUACCAAUUCCGAAUCGCUCAUUUCUACCAAGGUCGUCGACAUCUUUGACAGUGUCGGUUUCAGUGAAGCCGUCUCGGAUGAGUUAUUUACUCGCUUGGAGAAUGAUCUGCAACCAUUGAACGGUUGCACUGGCCUGACAAACGAGCUGUUUCUUGUCCUUCUCGAGAACUUUCCUCGCAGUACACGCAUUGCGAAGAGCGGCUUGAGAACUACUCUAUUCGGAAAUCUUCUGUUGUCUAACGGAAUGCUCGACGUGCUCGAAUCAGAGCAUCUCCUGCUGAAAGACCUCCUCAUCCUAGCCAUAUUCGUCGAGGGGGAAUUUAACCAAGACGACGACAAGAUCCCAGACUUUGACGCUUCCGAGCUGUUCUCCUAUAUCACACCACAGUUAAAAGUCGUGGAGAGAAACCUGUGGCUGGCGACGCACAACCGCCGCAUUCCUCUCGAGAUCUUGGGCCAUGAUGCGCGACCCAACAUUGCGCGUAAACCAAUCGAUACCUCUCUUGAAAACACCAGACUUGUUAGCAUUUUCGAAGAUACACUGAGCAAAGCAAUACGACCAACACCACCGGUGGAGAUGCCCAUGACUUCCCUGCUUACGACUCAGCUUGAUGAAAUCGAAGAUUGGGCUUCGGGAAAGCAGAACAAAACAGAUAUUGAUUCUCGCGACGAUCAUGAGACUGUCUACCUCCAAUGCGACUUGCUCGCGCAAAAGGAGUUUGACCUUGCCACAGAAUUCUCUCUCUUUCAGCCCUCGACGCCAUGGUCUAGCUACAUCAAGGGUCGCCUCGCUCUUGGGAUGGAACAUUAUGAUGUUGCUGCGAAUCAUUUCCGAGCCGCUUCGUAUGGCCUGUCCCAUGGCAAAGCAAUAGGAAACCUGGUCGAACUCUCGGCCGGCUUACUGUCUUUGAUCGAUGCCGAACAUUUCUACAAUGGCCUCCCAUCAUUUUUGUAUCAUGUCGCCACGCUCUUCGAGACAGCCUCAUCCUACAACGAGGCUGGCCAAUUUUUCCGCUUGGCUCUGGAGGCUCUGAGCGUUGGCCAGCCGGAAUCCAGUUCCAGCUUCCGGUCGGACCUAUUAUCAAGACUAUUCAAUGCAGAACUGAAACAGGCCAGAUACGCCAGUGCCUAUGACGCGUUAGCCCAGCUUCCCGACAAAGCUCUACAGCGGGUUUCGGUUGUCGCUUUGAUCAAUUCGAUGCUAGAUGCCAAGUCCUGGACGGGCGGCCCAGCAGGUGCCGUCAAACAGAUACAGUCUUUACCAUGGGCGAUCAAUCCCCAUCUUGCCCACCAAUUAGAUCUCCACCUGUUGUCAUUGGCCAAGAAACAAACUUCCACAAGCAUUUCAUCCACGGACUGGCUCUCUACACCGGGUGACACCGAUUAUCUGAGCAUCAUUCAUGCUGUUCGGAUAGGGCAGAAAGACUAUCGCGGCGCCGUAGCCGUGCUUUUUGACCGCCUUCGCCUAGUCCGCAAGUCCGGACGUGCCAGACACGAUCCCAAGGCCACUGCCUUACGACACGUCCUGCUUGCUCUAAUCAAUGCGAUGGCAUGUGUUGAUCCUGAAGAAGCAUACGUUUUGGCCGAUGUGGAAGAAAAAACAUCAUCCGGUGGACCACAUCAGAAGGGUGGCACCAUCCAAAGCAUGGAAAGCACCGCGGGUCGGAAAAGACGACGCGUCAUUGUGACGCUUGAAGAUCUGCGAAAGGAAUAUCAGCAGGUCCUUGAUAAAUGUAGUAGGAUCGAACGUGGCGAUUUUGAUUUCGAUGUGGAUGGGGAAGGUGAUGAUGAGGAUGAUGUGCCAAUUGAUCAGUCCAGACUGAAUCUCUCGUCACAUGUGGCUGGAGGUGACGUGAUGGAGAUGUGAUCAAGUUGGUAAUUUGUCAUGGCUACCUAGUAGUACAUGAACCCCUAUCCCCGUGGGAAGGGAUUACGGGAGGGAUCUCGGCUGUCUCGGCUGUCUCGGCCAUCAGGUGAUAGCGCAGAUGGUGGGAAGGAUAAUGUCGAAGUCGUACUGUAGUGGGAUAUCCAGAAGUGUUAAAGUGUUGAAUAAGAGAAAGGUUUCUGGAUUUUGCUACCAACAC